AUGGACGCCCCCGUCCAGCACCUCACGGUGCAGGAAAAGCUCCUCUUUGCGCAGGCCGUGUACAAGGUCGGCGCAGCGGCGUGGGUUCAGGUCUCCAAACUCCUCGCCGAGCACCCGUGCACCCGCGGCCGCCCGGCGGAGUACUACACCCCCGACGCGUGCGAGACUACAUACGUGACGCUCAUGAAGGGUAUUGACAUCAACGUCCCCGCGCCUGAUGCGGCCAAACCUCAGGCCAAGGUCCACCUCCAGCUUGCGCGGACGUUCUACUUUGCCCGUAUGCAGGAGCUCAAGGACCAAAUUGCGACCUACGAGCAACGCUUCACCGAACUCAUGAACGAGGUCAAUGCCAUCAAGGCCGGCGAGAUGGACAGUGCUAUCCACGGCGAGAUUCGGGCGGCUCUGGCUAAGAAGUACGGCAAGAAAAUGGUCGACACUUGGUCCCCACUUCCCUCCGAGAUCAAGGAGGUGCUUGUUGCCGGUCCCGAAUCGGCCAAGACGCCCGAGCCUGUGCCACCCCCAGCGGAGGUCGUUACCGCCAAGGUCGAAGAGGAAGAGAAGCCGGACGAGACACCAGUAGAAGUCGCUGCACCUGAAGAGGAGGAGGAGAAGCAAGAGGAAGAAGUGGUCGAGCCUGUCGAGGACACUCCUGCAGAGGAGACUCCCGAACAGUCUCCACAGGAGGAAGCUACUGCCGAGCUCGAAGAGGCUGUCCCCGACGAGGAACAAGCGGAACCUGAGAAGGAGGAGGACGAGCCAGUGACAGCCGAGGCAUCCCCCGAAGAAGCUGCUGCUGCUGAAGAGGAACCCGCUGCCGAGCCCGAGAAUGAGGACGAGCCCAUGGCUGAGGCUGAGGCGGAAGCCGAGACGACCGCCGAACCCGAGGAGACUCCUGCCGAGGGCGAGGAUGUGGACAUGGACAAGGAGGCCGACGACGACAAGACGCCCACUCCUGAGGAGGAGUCUUCAGCGCCGACUCCCGCCGCCGCCUCUCCCAAACCGACUACACCCAAGCCCACCUCGCGUGGCUCCUCGCCAGGAUCCGAUCUUUCUCCUGCGUCGGACCUCUCGCCCCUUCCGCCAGAGGACAACCAGCCCGCCGAGGCCCCUCCUUCUUCUCCGACACCAGCCAGCACCCGCGACAAGAAGCGCAAGGCCACGAGCCAGGCGCGUGGUGGUCCCGCUGCCAAGCGUCGUGGUCUUCGUGGAGCGUCGCCCGCUGCCAGUCACGAACCCGAAGAGUCGGAGGCUGAGGCUGAGGCCGAGGCUGAGGCUGAAGAGGAAGAGGAGACUGUCAAGGAAGAGCCUGAGGAGGAGGACACGACCCGUGGCCGGCGGUCAACUCGCCGUGGCAAGAAGGCCGAAUCGCCACAGAAGCACACUUCACCACCGCCCAAGCGUGGUGUGUCUGUGUCGUCAACGGCGUCCGGUACACCUACCGUACCCGAGAGCCGCACACGUCGCAGUGGACGUGCGUCCCGGGGUAUGCGUGACGACGUCGUCUCCAAAUCUGUCCGUGCCGCUUCCGAAGCCACGUCGGUCAAGGAAGAGCAUGCGGACAAGGAGCACCACGUCGAGUCGUCGGACAUUGAGGAGGAGGCACCUGAGCCCGAGGAGGAGAAGCGGAGCACGCGCACGUCGCGCCGAAAGGUGGAGAAGGAGGUGGCCACACCGACCGAGAAGCGAGGCAGCAAGCGUACUGCACGCACCCCCCGGCCAGCCGCACUCGAGUCCGGCGGUGAUGAAGACACUGGCGCCAGUCCUGCACCGACAGUAGGGCCAUGGGGUACCCCAGCGCCAAGCGUUGGCACGCCCGCCGCGACAUCCGGAUCUGCCGCGCCGCCUCCAUCCCGCGGCCAGCGGAACAACCAGAAACUCAUCCUCUCCCUCCUCGACACGAUCCAGCAGCACAAGUAUGGCCCCGUGUUCCAGAACCCGGUCAAGAAAUCCGAGGCGCCAGACUAUUACGACAUUAUCAAGCGGCCCAUGGACCUCAAGACUAUCCGCAACCGUAUCAAGGACGGCACCAUCACGACGAUUGACGAGUUUGAGCGCGACAUUCGCCUCAUGUUUGCCAACGCUACAGUCUACAAUGCGCGCGGAAGCCAGGUGUGGGAGAUGGCCAAGGAGAUGCGUGCCGCGAGCGAGGGACACAUUGCACACUACAAGAGCAUGCAGCACCACCUCAACCGCUAG